AGAAACACACAACAACAAAAAAUGACUAGAUCCAUCUAUUUGUGUAUCUCCGUCUUCUUAUUCAUUUCUUGGAUUCCAAAGCUAAUCACAAGCUACCCUCUCUCCACAAAAUCAAGAUGGAUCGUGGACGAGAAAGGCCAAAGAGUGAAGCUAGCCUGCGUGAACUGGCCGGCGCAUCUCCAGCCCGCGGUGGCUGAAGGGCUAAGCAAACAACCAUUAGACUCCAUUUCCAAGAAGAUUGUCUCAAUGGGAUUUAACUGCGUUAGGCUCACUUGGCCUCUUGAUUUGAUGACUAAUGACACAUUGGCUCUUAAAGUUACCGUCAAACAGUCUUUUGAAAGGUUGAAUCUGCUUGAUGAUGUUCUUGGCAUUCAAACUCACAACCCCAAAAUCCUUAACCUUCCCAUAUUCAAUGCAUUCCAGGAAGUGGUAUCGAACCUUGGACAAAACGGAGUGAUGGUGAUACUAGACAACCACUUGACAACGCCAGGAUGGUGUUGCAGCGACAACGACCUCGACGCUUUCUUCGAAUACCCUAACUUAGAUCCCGCCAUCUGGGCCAAGGGAUUGAGCAAGAUGGCUACUCUUUUCCGCAAUGUCACUAAUGUCGUUGGCAUGAGCCUUAGGAACGAACCACGUGGCACCAGAGAUUUCCCUGACCUCUGGUUCAGGUACAUGCCAAAAGGAGGAGAAGCAGUACACGCCGCAAACCCUGAAGUAUUAGUCAUCCUCUCCGGCAUCGACUACGACACAAACCUCUCUUUCCUCCGUGACCGUUUCUUCAACGUCAGCUUCACUAACAAACUCGUCUUCGAGCAACAUUGGUACAGCUUCUCCGACGGCCGAGACUCGUGGAAGAAACACAACUCUAACGAUUUUUGCGCAAAAAUCAUCGAAAAAGUCACACAUAACGGAGGAUUCUUGAUGAGUAGAGGCUUUCCUUUGUUCUUGACUGAGUUUGGGGCUAACCUGAGAAGCGGUGACGUUAGCGGAAACCGGUAUAUGAAUUGUCUGGUGGCUUGGGCUGCGGAGAAUGAUUUGGAUUGGGCGGUUUGGGCGUUAACCGGAGAUUAUUAUUUGAGAACCGGUCAAAAACAUAUGGUUGAGACUUUUGGCGUUUUGGAUCCUAACUGGAAAGAGGUCGCCAACUCUACUUACUUGCAGAAACUCUCCGGAAUUCAACUUCCAGUUAGAG